CACUGGCUUUCACCCAGAAGUCAGAGCUCACUAAUUAUCACCUAACUCCUUUAGGGAAGAAACCAUAUGGAUGCAAUGAAUGUGCAGUGAACGCUUUUGAACCACUCAUGACUGUGCUUCAGAGAACUCGUGCAGGAAGGAAAUCCCAUGAAUGCACUGAUUGUAGGAAAGCCUUUCCCACUAAGGUGAAGCUAAUAAGUAAAGCUACUCAUCAGCAGACUCACACAAGGGAGAGACCGUUCGGGUGCAGUCAAUGUCAAAAAGCCUUCGUUACAAAGUCAGCACUCAGCUGCCAUCAGAAAACUCAUCAUAGAGAAGGGAAAUCCUAUGCAUGCAGUAAAUGUGGGAAAGCUUUUCCUUGGAAGUCAAAACUCGAAUUACAUCAGAGAACUCAUUCGGGAGAGAGACCUUUCAGAUGCAGAGUAUGUGAUAAAGCCUUCGUGGUUCAGACACAUCUGACUGUACAUCAGAGAACUCACACAGGAGAGAGACCGUAUAAAUGCUUGGAUUGUGAAAAAGCGUUCUCAAAAAAGGCUCAGCUCGUAAUCCAUCAGCGAAUUCACACAGGAGAGAGACCAUACAGAUGCAUUCAAUGUCAGAAAGCGUUCAUUACAAAGUCAGCACUCAUCUAUCAUCAGAAAACUCGUCAUAGUGAAGGAAAAUCCUAUGGAUGCAGUAAAUGUGGGAAAGCUUUUCCUUGGAAGUCAAAACUCACCUUACAUCAGAGAACUCAUUCGGGAGAGAGACCUUUCAGAUGCAAAGUAUGUGAUAAAGCCUUCAUGGUUCGGACACAUCUCACUGUGCAUCAGAGAACUCACACUGGAGAGAAACCAUAUGAAUGCUUGGAUUGUGAGAAAGCAUUCUCAAAAAAGGCUCAACUCAUGGUUCAUCAGCACAUUCACGCAGGAGAGAGACCCUAUGAAUGCAGUCAGUGUCAACAAGCCUUCAUCCAGAGGUCAGAUCUAACUAAUCAUAAGAAAACUCAGCAUGCAAUAGGGAAAUCUCAUGGAUGCGGUGAAUGUGGGAAGGUUUUGUCCUCUAAGUCAACUCUCGUUAUACAUCAGAGAACCCAUACAGGUGAGAAGCCCUUCAAGUGCAGUGUAUGUGAUAAAGCCUUUACAUCAAAGGCACAUCUUAUUGUCCACCAGAGAAUUCAUACAGGAGAGAAACCAUAUGAAUGUUUGGAUUGUGAGAAAGCCUUCUCCACUAAGGCACAUCUUAUGAUUCACCAGCGAAUUCACACAGGAGAGAGACCCUAUGAAUGCCGUGAAUGUCAACAGGCUUUCAUCCAGAAAUCAGGUCUCACUAACCAUAUGCAAAAUUGUCAUGCAAGAGUGAAAUCUCAUGGCUGCAGUGAAUGUGGAAAGGUUUUGUCCUGUAAGUCAACUCUCAUUAUACAUCAGAGAACCCAUACCGGUGAGAAGCCUUUCAAAUGUAACGUAUGUGAUAAAGCCUUCACGGCUAAAUCGUAUCUCACUGUCCAUCAGAGAAUUCAUACAGGAGAGAGACCAUAUGAAUGCUCUGAUUGUAAGAAAGCAUUUGCUACUUUGUCAACUCUCAUAGGCCACCGGAGAACUCACACAGGAGAGAGGCCCUAUGGAUGCAAUGAAUGCCAAAAAGCCUUCUUUCGGAAGUCAGCUGUUCUUAAUCAUCAGCAAACUCAGCAUAGAGGAAAAGUGUCUAUGCAGUGACCAUAGGAACAUGAGAAAUAGGUUUUGAUGAGUCAGUCCUCUCUGUUCAGAGAACUCAUUCAGAAUAGAAAUGCCAUGAAUGCUGUGAUUAUAGUAGACCUUUCUGAAACUUCAAUAGGAAGUAAACCUUAUAGAUGCAAGGAAAGUUGUAAGCCUUUCAUCCGAAGAUUCCUCUCAGUAUACCACAGGGAUCUCACCAAAAGAGAGAAACAUUAUAAAUGCAGUGAUUGUCAGAAAUUUCAUUUGGGGGCCUCUGGGUGGCUCAGUCAGUUAAGCGUCAGA